AUGUCCAGCCCGUUAAUACAACCGGAAAAAUUUCAACAUAUACUUCGUGUUUUGAACACAAAUAUCGAUGGUCGUCGUAAAGUUGGUUAUGCUUUAACAGCUAUCAAAGGUGUUGGCAGACGAUUUGCACAUGUCUGUGUACGUAAAGCAGACGUUGAUUUAAACAAACGUGCUGGCGAAUUAUCCGAUGAAGAAGUUGAGCGUAUAAUCACAAUUAUAUCAAAUCCAAGACAAUAUAAAAUUCCUGACUGGUUUCUAAAUCGUCAAAAGGAUGUUAAAGACGGAAAAUUCAGUCAAGUAACGUCAAACAAUGUUGAUACUAAAGUACGUGAAGAUUUAGAACGUUUGAAAAAAAUUCGUGCGCAUCGUGGUUUGAGACAUUACUGGAAUUUACGUGUACGUGGUCAACACACAAAAACAACAGGCAGACAUUUUUUUCAAAUGACGCAAUUUUUGCCACCGAAUUUAUUGGCGCUAUUUGCACCUCGUGAUCCUGUCACUUAUUUGCCACCGGUUGAUAAAUUACCGCAUGAGAAAAAGCGUCUGCCUUAUUCAGGCAUGAGUGAUUUUAUUAAUAAAUUUGAGUCAGCCGAUGAAACACCAGCACCAACUCGCAUCGAAACGAAAGAAGAACGAAUUGAAAGGAGGCGUCGUGAAAAAGCUGAGCAAGUUGCUUAUAAAUUAGAACAAGAUCUUGCACUUUGGGAUCCAAAUAGUAAUGAGCAAGCAACAAGUGAUCCAUACAAAACAUUGUUUAUUGCAAGAAUCAAUUACGAUACAUCUGAAGCAAAAUUAAAGCGAGAAUUUGAAGUUUAUGGGAAAAUUAAGAAUAUUCGUAUUGUACAUAAUAGUGAAAAUGAAAAACCACGUGGCUACGCUUUUAUUGAAUAUGAAAAAGAAAAUGAUAUGCAUACUGCUUACAAGAGAGCUGAUGGAAGAAAAAUUGAUGGACGACGUGUGGUUGUUGAUGUUGAGCGUGGAAGAACAGUGAAAGGAUGGCGACCAAGACGUUUAGGCGGAGGUUUAGGAUCAACAAGACGUGGUGGCCCAAGUGAUCGUUCCAAUCCAAACCGUUCUUCAACUCCUCAACAUAGAAACGUUCGCGAUCGUGAGCAUAGAAGCCGAAGUAGAAGUCGAGAUAAAAAACGUCGUUCAAGAUCUAGAGACCGUCAUCGUCGUUCAUCAAGUCGUGAGCAUAAAAGACGUCGAAGUCGUUCAAGAUCACAUGGUGAAUCGAGACCACCACGGCGUACAUCCAGAGAUAGAGGAGAUCGUGAUCGAAGACGGUCAGAUCGACGAACCGAUCGCACUGAUAGAGGAGAUAAUGAAAUUAAUGGAAAUGGAAAUUCAUAUAAUUCCAAUGUCGAUACAUUCGGAGUUGAAGAUGAAUAUUAA